CCUUGUUCCGUCACAUCACGUCUGUAAGACUGGACAUCUGGUCGGGCGACAUCGUUCUGUCUUGGGCCUUCGCUGACUACGUGAAAUCCUCAUCGACGCUGCGGAAUUUGCGCCUGUGGCUAGGCUCAGACGGCGCCUCGAGGGACGACGCGAACGGCUGGCGCGCAGCGCUCUUCGCAUCGCUGUCUCGCAACAAGAGCAUAAGGGUGCUUCACGUCACAUCGAUGUACAUGGACGAGCAAGACGUCUACCUGCUGGCCGACUCGAUCACUUCCAGCCGGAACAUCGAGAAGGUGCACAUCGGCACGGUCACGCUGGCCGAGUCCGGCGCGUUGGUUCGCCGCUUGUCGCUUGGCAUCGCGACAAACUACACGCUCCUCAGCGUCUCACUCGACUCUCCCGUGGACAGAGAAGCGGCGAAGCACUUCUUCACCGUCUGCGACGUGGCGAGGCGCAACUCCGGCUUGGUGGCGCUUGCUGCUCAGUUCGUCACUGGAGCUCGACCAGGAAGCAUCAGCGCUCAAGCCCUGGAGCGAGUAUCGAAUCAUCCUGCACUGCUUGAGCUGCUUUCCGAAUCGACGUCCAUGAGCACUGAGGAGGCCACUGCCACAAUCCGCAGUCGCCUGAGGAGCAUCGAGGGCUUGCAGCAAUUUAUGCGGCUCGCCGGUGUCGUCAAAGAAAGAGUCACGUGCAACGCACGUGAGGACGGGCGCAUGCACCUGGCUGACCUCAACGAACACUGCUGGAGCCACGUCAGACGUUACCUAAAGUUGCACGACGUCGUGUACGACGAAUCAAUGUCGGCUAACGUUUAGGAACAACGGGUGUAAGUGAUGAGCCCCUGAGGCUUUACGCUAAUGCACUCGGCUCGGCCACUGAACAUUGUGCGUACUGCUUUUUCUCGCGUGGUGAUAUUUCGUUGAAUAACAAAUGACUAUGAACUUGUGAAGUAAGCAGGCGACAGACGCAGAAUGCCUGUCUUCUUAAAAAGCAUUUUAAUUUGUAAGGCGAGUCAUUUUCUACGGCAAAUAUAAUAAGGAAACGCCAGUGCUGCAUUCAGUAAAAAGAAAUAAAUUUUUUAAUGUGAAA